CCGCCCGUUUGUCGGACCCGGAGGAAGACCCACGGGGACUUUGGUUAGUUAUGGAACUGAUGUCAUCAACAGGCAGACCCGUGCAGAUCACUGUGACAGAUGGAUACGACUUGAAAGGCUUUAAAGGAGAUACUCCAGUUACCUUUAUUCGUGCAGAAUUUAAUCAGGUGGUUCUGGGAGACUCUGCAAAAAUCACUGUUUCUUCAGAAGGGACUGCAAAGUACAACUUUACUAGCAGUUUUGAAUUCAAUCCUGAAGGAGGAAUCACUUUAGAUGACCUCGCCCACAAACCUGUGUUCUUAACGGUGACUGAAGUUUUACCAAAGGAAAAGAAACAGAAAGAGGAGAAGACCUUAGUUCUUGGUCAAGCUGUGGUGGAUCUUCUUCCUUUACUGGGAGGAGGGAACUCACUUGAAACAGUGGUCCCAUUGCACCCUGUGCCAGGCUCACCCCUAGAAACUAUUCGACCAGGUGCUAAGCAGUGCAGUCUUGAAGUGAAAGUAUCUGUGCCAGAGCCGUUACUGACGACUGCCCAGAUCUUAGGGGGCAACCUUUUGAAGGUCACACUGGAGGCUGCCUACUCCGUGCCUGAGUCCUUCAUGCCCGUUGGGCCCCUGCAGAACUACAUGGUUGGGCUGCAGGUUCCGUCAGCUGGGGAGAAAGAUUACCCAAUGCUGUUCAAGAAUGGGAUUCUGAAGAUUGGAGGGGAACGAGAACCUGUCCCUCGGCCCAAAAAAUGGCCGAUUGCCAAUAUUCUGGCGCCAGGUGCGAAUAACAUUCCUGACGCUUUCAUUGUGGGUGGCCCCUACGAGGAAGAAGAAGGAGAACUCAACCACCCUGAGGACAAGGAAUUUAGGAACCAAGCAGAGUGCAUAAAGAAAAGGAUUGUUUGGGACCUGGAAAGUCGCUGUUACCUUGAUCCUACUGCAGUGGCCAGCUUUCAGAAACGAAUUGCUGAUUGCCGAUUAUGGCCUGUAGAAAUCACAAGAGUUCCUCUGGUUACUGCAUCCAAAGGGAAAGGUGGCAAAUUAGAUAAGACUGAGGAUGAAAAUCAGCUCUCCUUUCAUGGUGUCGCUUAUGUUAACAUGGUGCCGUUGCUGUAUCCAGGGGUGAAGAGGGUUCGAGGAGCUUUUCAUAUUCACCCUUAUCUCGAUAGCACAGUCUUUGAAAAGACCAAAUGUUUAUUUAGCUUGUUCCGGGACACUGGCCAUCAUUUGAUCCACAAUAGUAAAGGAGGAGGAACUUUUUCUCCACAGUCUAAACCAACUGUUUCUAAGAACCUGAAAGAAGAUAAAGUAAUCAAAGAAAAAGAUAUGCAAGCACCCAGUAUAAAAUCUCAGAGCUCUGAUACUCCUUUGGAAGCUGAACUGUCACUAAACCACAAUCCAGAGGGACAGCAAUUUUUAGAAGCAGGGACCUACCUCGUAUUGGAGAUUCAGCUGGACAAAGCCUUGGUUCCAAAGCGAAUGCCCGAAGAACUAGCCAGAAGGUUCUACCUGCGCAAUGCAGUGUUCUGGAAUUCCCAUUCUUACCAGGACUUCAACACAUUCAUAGUCUGCUAUGAUCCACACAAUCAAAAACCUUUGCACAAUCAAAAACACAAGUUUUCAUACUACGGACAUAUGAGGGCGGUGAAUGACUAUCACUUGCAGAUUAAGACCAUUUCAAGAGACAUUCUGAACGAGUACCACAGGCUGUUUGGGAAAGAAGUGGCUAAACUGGGGAGUGAAAUGGACAGUGAAACCAUGGAGGAGCUGAAGUCUGAGCUCAGCUACGAACUUAACUGCUCUGGAAAAUACUUCGCUUUCAAAGAACAACUCAAGCAUGCUGUGGUAAAGAUUGUGAGAGAGAAGUACUUAAAGACAGCAGCAUUUGAAAGCCAAGAGGAACUGCAGGCAUUUAUCAGUGAGCUGUAUGUGUUCUUGGUGGACCAGAUGCAUGUGGCCCUAAACCAGGUCAUGCCGGACGAUAGCCAGGGUGCCAGCCCAACCAUUCACACAACCAGCGCACAGCUCCGACUCUUUGCAUUUGAAGCAGAAGUCAACGAGAAUUUUGAAAUGGCAGCAGUGUAUUAUGAAGAGAGGUUGGUCCGUGAGCCCCAGAACUUAGAGCACUGGUUGGACUAUGGUGCCUUCUGCCUCCUAAUUGAAGACAAUAGCAAAGCACAGGAGUGUUUUCGGAAAGCCCUUUCCCUCAACCAGAAUCAUAUCCACAGCUUGCUACUCUGCGGUGUGCUGGCUGUCCUGAUGGAGAACUACGAGCAGGCAGAAAUUUUCUUUGAGGAUGCUACUUGCUUGGAACCAACCAGUGUUGUGGCGUGGACUUUACUGGGUUUGUACUAUGAAAUUCAAAACAAUGACAUUCGAAUGGAAAUGGCAUUUCACGAAGCCUUCAAGCAGCUUCAGACUCGAGGAAUGAAGCAGAGAAGCGCUGUCCUAGAGAACCCCGAGGACGGGCAGAAGGAGUCCAGUUUAGACCCCGCGGGAAACACCAGCGGUUCUUCUGGAACAGCACUUAAAGUGGAUGCCCCACCAGGAUCAGCACCUCCAUCUAUUGCAGAUGAAUUUCUGGAAGAAUCCUCCAAACAGCACUCUGAGUCACAAGAACAAUCCCAGGAUCCAUUUCCUAGCCGAAAAACAUCCAACUUGUUCCUCAAGGAGAUUCCAGAAAAGAAAGAAACAUCAAAAUGUCAACAAACUUCGUCAGCUGCCUUGGGUCCUGCCCCUCAUCCAGGUGUUUCCCAAACUGCUGGUACCAUUUUUAUGGAGACCAUACGCUUUUUGAUGAAGGCCAAUGCUGUGCAGUAUGUGCACAGGGUGCUUGCCCAUGAGCUCUUGUGCCCUCAAGGGGGACCCAGCUGUGAGUAUUACUUGGUGCUGGCCCAAACACACCUCCUCAAGAAGGAGUUUGCCAAGGCAGAAGAAUACCUUCAACAGGCAGCCCAGAUGGACUACCUGAAUCCUAAUGUCUGGGGAGUUAAAGGGCAUCUCUAUUUUCUGAGUGGAAAUCAUGCUGAAGCCAAAGCAUGCUAUGAGCGAACCAUUAGUUUCGUAGUUGAUGCUUCUGAGAUGCACUUCAUCUUCUUGCGCCUGGGCCUCAUUUACCUGGAAGAGAAAGAGUAUGAAAAAGCAAAGAGAACCUACUUGCAAGCUUGUAAGAGAUCACCUUCCUGUCUGACUUGGUUAGGAGUGGGAAUCUCCUGCUAUCGGCUGGAAGAGCUCACCGAGGCUGAGGAUGCUCUCUCUGAAGCCAACGCACUGAACAACUACAAUGCGGAAGUGUGGGCCUAUCUGGCUCUGGUCUGCCUGAAAGCUGGAAGGCAACUGGAAGCGGAGCAGGCCUACAAAUACACAAUAAAGCUCAAACUGAAAGAUGAAGCUCUGCUGGCAGAGAUCCACACAGUACAAGAGAUGGUUGGUUUUGGAAAUCCAUCUUUCUGAUAGGCUGAGGAAGUUUCUUGUCGGGACUCUAAAGAAGACCCCUUUGCAACACAGAAAUAGGAAGCUCUGGAAAGAUCACCAUUUGAAGGCUGGGCCGUACAACAAAAGAACAAGUCCACGGACUUAAUUUCUGCUAGUGAUGUUGCUGGAUCUUUUCCUGCUUAGCAUUAAAUUACAUGAUAAUAAUAAUAAAAUGAUCUAAAAAUC